AUUCAACAUUAUUAGGGCCGAGGGCAGUAGGGGAGCAACAAUUUUCUUUUUAAAGGCGUCGUCUGCGUGGUUGGGUUUUCGAAGGUUGUGGUUGUUUACAUCGAUAGCCUCUUUACUGUAAUCUAAAGAGGCGACAGUUGCAACAGCUGUAGGCAGUUUUGUCCCGAUCUUGUGUCAGAGACGACGACGAGUCUAGUAUGUGGGGAAUCAAUUAAACCAGCCCUCGCGUUUUUUUUCUCCAAGUGUGUUAUCCCGAGUUCAAAUGUCUUGAAGACACUAAUUAACAAGCCGCACCCGGAUUUGCUCGUCCACCCACGCACAACAACAAACAUCACAUAUUAUCAUCAUCAUUCUUCCUCCAUCAUUCUCAGCCGGCAGGGCCUGGGAGAUUGCUGGCUUUCGAUAGAGUUGGAUUGGGAAACACUCCCCGCCUAGUCGAAAAACAGAAUCACAUCAUGGCUAAACAAGGGUGCUGCAGUUCACAGCUUGGAUGCUGCUUAGGGAGACUUGGGUGCAGAUUUUGCUGCAGGUGCUGCCCUACUGCAUUUGAGUCUACCACAACUAGAUUAAUGUACACAUUGAUGCUGCUUUUGGGGACAGGAUUCAUGUGUGUCAGCCUCACCCCACACAUAGAAAAAAUAUUGGAAGAAAAUAUACCUCAUUUUGAAGCUACCUGUGAACUGCUCAAGAUUGGUGACAACUGCAAACUUUUAGUUGGAUACAUGGCCGUUUAUCGAACUGCUUUUGCCUUGUCUGGAUUCUUUUUCCUCAUGUCUCUGUUCACCAUUGGACUGAAGAAGAGUCGAGGCUUCAGGGCUGGAUUCCACAACGGAGCUUGGUUGUGGAAGUUCCUCAUUUUGAUUGGCAUCGGAGUUGGAGUGUUCUGUCUACCAGAAGAAAGAAUAACUCAUUUCCAAAUAGUUUGGAUGUACAUAGCCCUCGUAGGAGCCGUCGCCUUCGUCCUCAUCCAAUUGUGGCUCCUUGUCUUCUUCGCGCGGAGCCUUGGUAACAAAAUCAAUCACAGGGUAGCCGAAGGCGGCAGUGCUGUCUGUUGGUAUGGAGUGUCUUCCAUGUGUACCUUAUUGUGUUUCGCCAUCACCAUCGUCGGAACCAUGGCGCUUUUCAAGUUUUUCACGACUUGGGAUGGGUGCACGACUAACAAGAUUUUUAUUGGCAUCAACGCCGGAUUGUCUCUUUUCCUGUCUGUCAUAUCCGUCCUAAUUUGCUGUGGACCAAGAGAAACACAUUCUGCCUUACUACAGUCGGGUAUCAUAUCAGUUUAUAUAACUUACUUGACGUGGACGGCCGUGUCGAGUAUUCCAAGAGAGCCGACUCCAUCUCCUGAGUCGUCGGUUCAGCCGAAAUCCAAGGGGUUGAUGGAAAUACCCGAAAAUGGGGGUAUAUCGGAUCAACAAUUUUAUUGCGGACCGGUCGGUGCAGCGUUCGACUACAACGAGUUCAUUUUGCCUUACGUGGGUGUGGCCAUCAUGUUUUUUUCCGUGGUUUAUUCCAGCUUAGGCACGUCAGCUGACAGCGCAGUGGCUCUCGGCGUCACCGGUCACCGACGCGACUCUGAACUAAACGCUGAUGAACGUACAAAGAAAUCCUCGUCUUGCCUUCCAUCCUGUUGCGGCACUCGCGGUGAUUCAACAGUAAAUGGUGGGAGGGAUGACGGCCCAGGAGGAGGCGGCGGACAACGGGUCUUUCGCAACGAACGCGAUGGAACAGUUUACAAUUACAGCCUCUUUCAUGUCGUCUUUUGUUUGGCUUCCAUGUACAUCAUGAUGACGCUCACCGCAUGGAUCAGGCCGGAACAGGCAACGCUGUCGAGUUUCAAUCAAAAUUGGCCGACAGUUUGGAUUAAAAUGGGGUCGUCUUGGGCUUGUGUCCUCCUCUAUCUCAUCGCACUACCCAUGCGCCGGUUUGGAAGGUACAAUCGAAUUGGUGGUGGUGAUAACGGUUCACCUCCACUCACCAACUCGCAACGUAUUCAGACGAGGGAGAUUUACGAGCGAGAAACGGUGACUUAACAACAACAUCCCCCCACUCAGUUCAACAGGAAUAUCUUAAGCUCCUCCUUCUCAACUUUUCUUUCUUCUUUCCCAAUCUUCUGGAUGAUUUCAUUUCUUUACUUUUCGGUUUACCGCAACACAGAAAACUCGUUUUUAUUAUUAUUUCCAAGAGCUUCUUCCUCUCAUCUCUGAUUACACACACACACCACGACUGGUUCUUCAUCAUCUUGAUACAAAGGGAGGUGGGGUGGUGGUGGUGGUUAAUGGUAGGGUUUGUCCUAAGGGGGGGAGGAGUUGUAUAGUGCACCUUAGUAUUAUAUUGGGCGCGUCUGGGGGUCACAGGGAAAAGACAAAAGAACAACAAUAGAAGAAGCUUAAAAAAUAAAAAGGGGGUCGGUUGUUAUUUACCAUCUCGUGUUAUAUUCGAACUAACUAACAAACUAACUAACUGCUGAGCUACCCGAUAUUAGACGAGCGACGCAAUCUCCUGGUUGUUGUGACAGCCCCCCCGUUCGCCUGCUGUCACGAGGUCGCAAGGUUAUAUUUUCGUCCCAGACAUCGGGAUGCUGCUGCUGCUGCUGUUUGGCUCUGAGCCAUCACACAAGUGCAAUUAUUAAAUAAUCUCUUAUAUAUAUACAGACAGAUAUAAACCAUUUAGAAAUGUCGGAUUGUUGUUGUAGCGAGUAGUAGUAGUAAAUGUUGUUACCUUUUUUUAUAUGCGAUCUUUUGACGACGGCGUUUGGAUGUGACUUGGGUUUUCCAUUGUUAACCUAAUAUUAUCUAGCUGCGCUCUACCUUUCUUUUCACUCGAAUUGUCUUUCUCUUUCUUCCAACAACAUUUGAUGACCUCAAUCUCGGCGCUAUUUUCAAACGUUCUUUCUCUCUCUCUUUCUCCGGUGUGUUCCACUAACCAAAAGCCACUUUUUGGGUAUAGUGUUGAAUCUGUUAUUGAUGUGUCGUGGCUUGCCGGUGAUGUAAUACCCCCAAGUCUCUUUCUUCUUGGAAGAAAAUGAUAAAAGAAUUCUGACGAUCCCUUGUCGCGUCCACACAAUUCUUUUGCCUGUUUUUCUUUUAUUAUUUGUCCUGCCACACACCGUGCAAUCAUCUCUCGACUUUAGACGAGAGGGGAGGAAAAAAACGAAAUAAAACCGCGUGACCUUAUACAGAUCUUAAACAACAAUUCUCUCCUUCAGGGCCAAGCCUCUCCUUAUUUUUCUUCUUACCCAACACCCACACAGAGUUCUUGUUUUCUCAGAUUAUUACGACACCUUAAGCAACAACUUGUAUGUACCGGUACUACACGAUACAAAAUUUCUUUUCUCUACUCUUUUUACUUUUUCGGAAAAUCCCUUCCGCGUCUUCUCUCAAACCAAUAAAACUUUUACGUUGCGACUGUCGAACAGGCCCGAAAAAAUGAGAAAAAAAGAUGAUGGAUGCAUUUCUUUCAUGUACGUGUAUGUGAAUAAAUAUUGAAAAAGACAAAAUACAUUUGAUCCCUCACGUU